AUGCUCCCCACGUAUGUUUCGUCGGCCCAUCAGGAGAAGAUGAACCGGCACGCAUACUCCUCCACCAAUGGCGAGCCCAGGGGUACAGGCGCAUACUCUAUGGGCGGCAGUGGGAGAUCAGGCUUUAGCAUACGGCCGGACAAAUAUGAGAAAUACCAACCGCGAUCAUCACGAAGUAUGCUCUUACGGCGGCGAGGCAUGCUAAUACGACUCGGUGGAGCGGUCGCUACCAUCCUCAUCAUCCUCAUGAUCAUAUUUCCUUCAGCACGACCAGCUGCGAUUCUUGCGGGGCCCCUAUCAUUGGGUCUAUUCACAGGCGGAGAAGAGUUCAACAUCGAGACGGGCACUAGUCGCGGCUGGGAACGCGAAGAACGAAUCCUCCUCUGCGCACCACUCCGUGACGCAGCUCCCCAUCUCCCGAUGUUCUUCUCCCACCUUCGCAACCUAACCUACCCUCACAACCUCAUUGACCUGGCCUUCCUCGUCGGUGACAGCAAAGACAACACCAUUCAACUCCUCUCAGACCUUCUCGCGGAACUUCAAGUCGCGGAAGACCCGAAGCAGGCCUUUGGUGAGAUUUCGGUGAUUGAGAAAGAUUUCGGACAGACUGUGAAUCAGGAUGUGGAGAGCAGACACGGCUUCGCGGCGCAGGCUAGCAGGAGAAAGAGCAUGGCGCAGGCACGGAAUUGGCUGUUGAGUGCGGCGUUGAGACCUACGCACAGCUGGGUGUAUUGGAGGGAUGUGGAUGUUGAGACUGCGCCGUUUACGAUUCUGGAGGAUCUGAUGAGGCAUAACAAGGACGUUAUUGUGCCGAAUGUCUGGAGACCUCUGCCGGACUGGCUUGGUGGAGAACAGCCGUACGAUCUGAACAGCUGGCAAGAGUCUGAGACUGCUCUUGCUCUGGCGGAUACCCUGGAUGAGGAUGCUGUCAUUGUGGAAGGAUACGCAGAGUAUGCGACGUGGAGACCUCACUUGGCUUACCUCCGCGAUCCGUACGGUGACCCAGAUAUGGAAAUGGAGAUUGACGGUGUUGGAGGUGUGAGUAUCUUGGCCAAGGCCAAGGUCUUCCGCAGUGGUGUGCACUUCCCAGCUUUCAGCUUUGAGAAACACGCCGAGACGGAGGGAUUUGGCAAGAUGGCGAAACGAAUGAAGUUCUCCGUUGUGGGUCUCCCACACUACACCAUCUGGCAUUUGUACGAACCUAGCGUGGACGACAUCCGCCAUAUGGAAGAAAUGGAGCAAGAGCGGAAACAACGCGAGCAAGAAGAGAAAGAGAAGCAAGAUCGCAUCGCCAAGAUUCAAGACCAAUUCGAAGAGGGAGGCUCUCAAUGGGAGAAGGACAAGGAGCAGAUCCGCGACCAAGAAAAGAAAGACUUCGUCGAGAAGCAAGCGAAGGGCGAGACGAAGGAAGGCGAGAAAGAAGCCAGCGAGGUCAAGAUUGAGAAGGGCCGCGGCGAAGGCAAGAUGCACAUCGUUGAUCCACUCAAUGAGAUUCCCGAAGUAGGUGGGAAGUCUCCUCACAAGAAAGAGGCAGCAGCAGAGGAGGAGAAGGCGAAGCCGAAGAAGGUCGACCAAGCAGCAGCCAAGAAGGCCGACAGUCCUGCUGCAGCAAAGGUGGAAGAGAAGAAACCGGCGCAGCAGAAGGCGGGCUAA